AUGUUCCCCUUUUUCCAAUUACCCCGGGAGUUACGAAAUCUAAUUUACGACUACUAUGUCCGCUGCGAUGGCGGCUACGUGUACGAUGUGGAAACGCGGAAACUUCGGCGAGCUGAUGGAGGCCCCGUUUUUAAUGCACUAGCCUUGACAUACCGACAAGCUGCGUUCGAGCUUGAAGGAUUGGCUUUCCAAGUGAACACGAUCACAUUUUCGGCGGCCUACACGGAGUCAUUGCGUGAUCAAGCGCUUUUGCAUCACUAUGUGAUUCGUGACUGCAGCGCUUUAAGAAGAUAUCUGCUCAGCGCGAUGCGUUCCAUGCUGUUUACGACCGAGAUGCUCGGACUGACGAAAGAGACCUACCCCCAAUUCGCAGAGCAGGUCGCAUCUUGGGGAAAAACCGGGGGAAACAUGGGAAACAUGGAAAGCAUCCACACUCGGGAACUCCGCUCGAGAACUUGGAAACACAUUCACGACAGUGAAGCACGAUCUAUUUGGAGCGACUUUCAGAUGUUCAUAUUGCAGCUUAUGACGAAACAUCCAGCCUUCAACGAUGCAGUAAAGAGCCUGCGCCCACCCUACAAUGUUCCUAGCAGGUAUCUAGAUCUAGUGCGACAUCAAAAUUCAUACCUCGAACCCUGGCGCAUCAUCGAAAUGGCUGAGCUCAAGCGCCUGGCAGAUAUUGUAGGAGUUUCCCAAAGGGUAUACAAGUGCCAUCCACAGACAACAUUAAGGUACUCUGCAGCUGCUCUGGCGCUUCAAUUCUUCAAUUCAUGUACCGAGAAGGUCCGCAAUUCGGUUCGUAAGAUCGUUCUCAUCGAAGACGAGAUGUCAGUAGGACAAUCCCAUACUCACGGUCGCGGCUUUAUUUCACUCUGCCAGAAAAACAAAAAACUUCACGUCGAACGCCGCGUAAAUCUCUGGAAGACCGUAUUUGCACCCAGUUCGAGCAUCCAACAUAGAUAUCUUCACGAAUGGUGGCGGGGAGUUGACUCUAUGCAAAACGACCGUCUCCAGGCCUCAGAGGUCUCACAGUUAGUCGGGAAUUGGAUGGUCGAGGCUUUGGCAUUGCCUUCGCUCGGAAUGCCUGAGGGCUCAUUUACUCUUGUCUUAGAUGGAGACCCUAUACCCGAACACACCUCUAAAGUCUUCCGCAUAGUGCAACGAGACGCCGCUUGGCAAGCUGCUGUUGACCUAUGUUAUUCUCGAGGUCUAGUAUCGAGGCCUUCUUGGGCACAAAGUGGAUUCGACUGCCGCUUUAUUUUUGAAGGAUUUCCCAAAGUAAUGGAGACACUUUCCACUACUAGCUGUCUCAUUAGAUGUAACUUCGACCUUGGUGAACCUUACGACGUCGAAGCUAUAAUUGAAAACCACCGUGACCUGGAUUGUAAUGGAUGGCAUAGCCAAUGGUUCAACCAUAGUCCGUCCGAAUUCCAGACGGAACCACCGCUGCCGCCAUGGCACGAGCUUUGGUGGCUACGCGGUUUACCUUUGUAA